AUGGGCUCGCUACUUCGAUCGCUCUUCGCGGCGGAAGAGGAGCUCACUCCAACCCAGAAGCUCAUGUAUGCUUCGGAGAAGCUGAACAACUUUCGCCUCAUCUCACGGCUUUGCGCUACACGGUCUUCCUAUACCCUUACGGCAAACGAUUUGGCAUCCGUCGACCUCUAUGUCGUCCUCGCCGACCUGGGUCAAUUCGCGCAGCUCGCGUAUAACAUACCCGAGACGCAGUAUGUGUUCGACAACAGGGAGAUGCUUCUGCAGCCCAAAUACCCCUUUGAGGGGUUCGAGGCACUGCGGGACGCCGAACUGUUGUCUGCAGCCAAGGGCACUGUUGCCGCCGUGCCUGUUAUCACGCGACGCCUCCCCUCUGGGGACGGAUACGUGCAUUCUGGCUUCUACGCCAUGUAUGAAGGAUGCAGGGACCAAGUGAUCGAUGGCGUCAGGCAGGCCUUCGACGGGGAUGACGUCCAGGAGCUGGCGAUCGUGGGACACAGCAUGGGAGGCGUCCUGAGCUAUCUGCUCGCCGUCGACGUCCUUGCGGGGCAAUGUCCGCUUCCGCCUGGGACACCGGUGACGGUCGCUACUUUUGGGUGCCCCAGGCUCGGAGACGCCGCACUAUCUCAGUUUUGGCAGCAAUUGGUCGCACAGUACCAAGCCGCAAACGGCGAAGCUUCUGUGAAGGACUUUUCCGUGAAAGGCCUCAAUGAUGGCGUGCCAUCUCUUCCGCCGGUCAGCUGGGGCUACAGGCACAUCGCAUGCAUGCCGCUCUACUUCUAUCACGGCCGACUGUUCCAUGUUCCGGCAGCGGAAGCUGAACACGGCGUAUUCACUGUCGAGAAGGACGCGUUGGACCAGACACGCAUACCAGACCACCCGCGGGGAGGGCACAAUUACUACAACGGAAGGGACGCGGAGAAGGUCGUGCGGCGGAUGUACUGGCUGGACCGCAUGAUGUCGGAGCAGAGCAGCGGGUGGCAGGAGAAGUACCUCGCCAAGAUUGCCGAAUUUGAGCAGGUGAAGUAG